GAUUGGCUCUUUAUUUAGUACUGGACGCAACAGAUAAAAAUUUGCCUCAGACUCUGCAAAGACCUUCUUUUCCACCUGACUUUGUUUUUUUAAAUUUCUCCUCUCUUCUUAAGAUGGAAGCUUCUUGCCUGGUUCUCUUGCUUAGAUCAUGUGUCCAGUUCUUUGCUCUUCCUGUUUACUUGUUGUGGUACCUGGGUAUAUGGGAGCUCUUAGGUAAGAAGGCGUUCCCAUAUUUCAUGGCUUGGCAAACGGUUAGUUACAACAACAAGAUGUCUGCCAAAAAAAGGGAACUUUUUAGCAACCUGAAUGACUUUGCAAGCUCUGCAGGGACACUCAAACUUUUGGAGAUUGGCACAGGAACUGGCUCCAACUUCCAAUUCUACCCCAGAGGAUGCAGAAUUACAUGCACUGAUCCAAACCCCAACUUCAACAAAUUUCUGGCCAAGAAUCUGUCGGAGAAUCCGCACCUGCAGCUGGAGCGCUGCUUGGUGGCAACAGCUGAGGAUUUGCACCAAAUAUCAGAUGCUUCGGUGGAUGUGGUGGUUUGCACUCUGGUGCUGUGUUCUGUGAAGAGCAUAGAAGGAUCCAUGAGAGAAGUACUAAGAGUGCUGAGACCGGGUGGUGCUUUCUACUUCAUUGAACAUGUUGCAGGUGCUCCUUCAAGCUGGAGUCUCUUUUGGCAGCAAAUCUAUGAUCCAACGUGGAACAUUUUGUUUGAUGGAUGUUAUUUGACCAGAGAAACCUGGAAAGACUUGGAAAAAGCCGGGUUCUCAGAAGUGAAGCUACGGCAUAUACAAGCCCCUUUAAACUGGGUCCCUGCUAAACCCCAUAUCAUAGGCUAUGCUGUGAAGUAACUAGAGAUGUAAAAUUUCCAGAAAUUUUGAAGCCAUUGGGGGGGGGGAGUUUUUCCCCUGGUUUUUUUUGGGGGGGUGGGGGGGAAUUUUUGGAAUAAUUGAAAAAAUGCAAUGUUAGCAGUUUUUACAGAUUGAAAAUCACUUUGUUACUUUAGGAACAUAAAAUGUAAUUAUGUCCAAGUUGGUUUGGCAUAAAAUUAUUACAUUUGAUAUAUUAAAAGUACAGUGUAUUCAAACAAUUAUUACAAUUUGAAUUUACCGUAUUUCUUCAAUUCUAAGAUGCACUUUUUUCCCCAUAUAAACAUCUCUAAAAACUUAGAAUCGCAGUUGUGUUUAUUAUUUCUUAGAAUCAAAGCUUUUUUUUCUGUUGGUGGUACUAAAAUUAGUGUGCGUCUUACAAUCGAUGGCAUCUUAGAAUCGAAGAAAUACAGUACUUUUUAAAGAAAAAUAUCUAACAAAUGGAGCUACAAGCUCCUGAACUGAUUGGAACACCUGAACUGUAAGGAAACUCUUUUGUUUUGCCAGUUUAUGAGGAGCAGGCAAAAAACAGUUUAAUAACAACAACAGAAGAAGAAGAAACCACCAACAUUAGUAACAAGAAAAUUAUUUAUGCCUGCUAGUCCUCCAUAGUGUCAAGACAUAAAGCACCCAUUCCCAUAAAAAGAACUGAGAGAAAGGGCGGAACAAGAUUCAGUGAAUAUGCAUGAAAUUUAAUCAGACUCAAUUUCUGACCUAUAGUUAUCACUAUCAGCUUCAGUCUCUGCUUCAGUGGCAGUGCCCCCUAUAGGCAGAAAUGCAUCUUGCUCUUGCAUUUGACAGUAGUUGUCUCAGUUUGCAACCUAGGACUUGCUUGUGCUUGGUGCACAGAAAUUGUAAUAAUCUGAUACUGUACAUAGUUUUUAGAAAUCAUUUGGAGAAGUAAAUAUCUGAACACCUUGUCUUAAACAUUUUAUUCAUUGUGCUAAAAUAAAACAUCCCAUAAUCCA